CCUCGAUUUGUGUCUCCUUAAAGCUCAUGAUGCUCUGUUGAGAACCGGCAUUCAUCAGACCCAACCGAACACUGAGAAAACCAAAAGACUCUCGAGUAAAAACCAUGGAUGAAGCCAAUCUGAAUAAGCCGCUCAUACCAAGCUCAGGAGAUGAAUUCCCGAAAGAAUCAUCUGUGUUGGUUUCGUCGGUGAAAUGGGUCCUAAAAGUUGUAAUGUGGGUGAUUUUCUUGAGUUGGGUUGUCUUGAUUUUGCUUUACCCAGGAGAAUCCUGUGCCCAUUUGGUAAGGAAAUGGAGUAAUUCCAUGUCUGGGUCUCUCUUCGGCAUCACAGGAAGCAUGUUCCUGAUUUUUAGUGGUCCGAUUCUUCUGGUCGCUCUCUUGGCUGUUCUGUAUCUGAUCAUCUCUGGGGAAGAGACUUUUUCCAAGAGGAAGGCUUCGAAGUUUCCUAGGUUCAGGCUAUGGACUUUUCCAGUACUUGUGGAUGGACCCUUUGGUGUUGUUUCCGCAGCCGAAUUCCUUGGAAUUCUCGUUCUCUUCGUGUUCAUCAUCUGGGCCACGUACACUUACACCAUGCAAAACCUCAGUCUUCUCUCUCUCUUCAAUGUCCCUCCCGACGGGCAAAGUGUUCUGUUGUUGGAGGUUACCGGUGUUCGUCUCGGGAUGAUCGGGUUACUAUGCAUGGUGUUUUUGUUUCUUCCGAUAUCGAGGGGGUCGGUCUUCCUCCGUCUCGUAGACAUCCCUUUCGAACACGCUACGCGAUAUCACGUGUGGUUGGGGCAUAUCACCAUGGCCUUGUUUUCCCUCCACGGCCUCUGUUUCAUGAUCGGAUGGGCCAUCGAUGGGCGUCUAGCUGCUUUGUUUGAAUGGAGGGCUAAAGGCAUUUCCAACUUUCCGGGAGUCAUCAGUCUUCUCGCCGGUUUACUGAUGUGGGUGACGUCGCUUCAUCCCGUGAGAACGCGUUUUUUCGAGCUGUUCUUCUACACUCAUCAGCUGUACGUAGUCUUCGUUGUGUUCUUGGCGCUUCACAUCGGGGAUUACCUCUUCUGCAUAGUCGCCGGAGGAAUAUUUGUCUUUAUUCUUGAUCGGUUCUUGAGGUUCUGCCAGUCUAGGCAGACGGUGGAUGUCCUUUCGGCCAAGAGUUUGCCUUGUGGAACCGUCGAAAUCGUCCUCUCGAAACCUGCAAAUCUGCGAUACAAUGCCCUGAGUUUUAUCUUUCUCCAAGUGCGGGAACUCUCGUGGCUGCAGUGGCAUCCUUUCAGCGUGUCGUCGAGUCCUCUAGAUGGGAAGUAUCACAUGGCGGUUCUCAUAAAGGUUCUCGGCGGGUGGACGGGAAAGCUAAUGGAUCGCAUCUCUAGGAUUUCCGAAGCAGAACAACAGCAACUCCCUCACGGGUCUCUUCCCAUGAUCACAGCCUCUGUGGAGGGACCUUAUGGCCAUGAAUCUCCAUAUCACCUGAUGUACGAGAACCUAGUCUUGGUAGCUGGAGGCAUCGGGAUUUCGCCCUUCUUCGCCAUUUUAAGCGACAUCAUGCACCGCAUAAGAGACGGGAGACAAUGUCUACCAAAGAAAGUGUUGGUUGUCUGGGCGAUAAAAAAAUCGGACGAGCUCUCUCUUCUUUCAACGACGGACUUAAACUCCAUUUGCCCUUCGAUAUCCGAGAAACUAAAGCUCGAGAUCGAUAUCUACGUCACCCGACAGUCAGAGCCUCUUCUGGAAGAUGGUAUGGUUUACAAGGAGCCAAAUCUCUCGGUCAGACCAUCGUCUCAAGGCUGUCCCAUGUCUGUUCUCGUCGGAACAGGAGAUAACGUAUGGUCUGGACUGUACGUGAUCUCGUCCACUCUCGGAUUUAUCGUCACGGUAGCGCUAUUGGACAUCUUUUACGUCAACAAAUUCGACGUAACCACGUGGUGGUACAAGGGACUUCUCUUUGUUAUCUGCAUGGUUGCGAGCGUGGUCGUCUUUGGAGGUCUCGUGGUCGUUCUCUGGCAUUACCGUGGUCACAAAAUCUCCGAGGAAGAAAACAGGGACGAGAAGGUGAAUACGAGCUGGCGAAACCUCGACGGAUUUGUAGAGGAGGAAAAAGGUUCGGACAAAGAUGAUCUUGAGAAUUUCACCACUAUCCGUUAUGGCGCAAGACCGGAUUUCAAAGAGAUAUUCGAGAGUUUGAAUGGGAAAUGGGGCGGCGUGGACGCUGGAGUGAUCGUGUGUGGUCCGGCGAGCCUUCAGACAAGCGUGGCCAAAGAAAUCAGAUCACAUAGCAUUUGGCGAUCCGCCCACCAUCCUGUUUUCCACUUCAACAGCCACAGUUUCGAUCUUUAAACACAUAUGUAUGUAUGUAUGUAUGUAUGUAUGUAUGUAUGUAUGUAUGUAUGUAUGUAUGUAUGUAUGUAUGUAUGUAUGUAUGUAUGUAUGUAUGUAUGUAUGUAUGUAUGUAUGUAUGUAUGUAUGUAUGUAUGU